AUGUCGGAGUUCGCCAACAAGCGCACGCGCGGGGCGUUCAUCGCCGCCGUCUUCUCCAUGCAGGGGUUCGGGAUACUGGCCAGCUCCGGGGUCACCAUGGUCGUCGCCGCCGCGUUUGAUCGGUUCACCGGCCACCCGGCCCCUCUUGAUACUCCGGAGGCCGCCGACAUCGCCUGGCGUGUCAUACUCAUGGCCGGAGCCGUCCCCGCCGGGCUCACCUUCUACUGGAGGAUGGCCAUGCCGGAAACUGCUAGGUUUACGGCGCUGGUACAGCACGAUGUGCUCAAGGCGACCAACGACAUCGGCCGUGUCCUCACCGACCUUGACCUGAAUGGCCUAUACGAAGAUGAGGACGCGGCGGCGAUCCCCCGGACUCCGGCGUCCUUCCGGUACGCGCCACCGGCGUCUCAGUACGGCCUCUUCUCGCUCGCAUUCCUCCGGCAGCACGGUCGGAAUCUGUUCGGGUGCGCGUCAACGUGGUUCCUGCUCGACAUCCCCUACUACAGCAGCACGCUGUUCCAGUCCCAGAUCUACCGCCCGUGGUUCCCGCCGGCGAGCCACCAGAACGUGUUCCGAGAAGCGUACGACGUGGCGAGGUUCCAGGCCAUCAUCGCCGUCGCCUCCACCAUCCCGGGCUACUUCGUCGCCGUCCUGCUCAUCGACCGCGUCGGCCGGCGCUGGCUGCAGAUGGCCGGGUUCUUCCUCAUGGCCGCCUUCCUCUUCGCGCUGGCGGGCCCGUACGACCACUACUGGCGCGGCAACGCCAAGAACGCCUGGUACAUCGUGCUCUACGCGCUCACCUUCUUCUCCGCGAACCUCGGGCCCAACACCACGACCUUCAUCCUGCCGGCCGAGCUCUUCCCGGCGAGGUUCCGGUCGACGUGCCACGGGAUAUCGGCCGCCGCCGGCAAGGUUGGCGCUCUCGUCGGCUCCGUGGGGUUCCUGUGGGCAUCGCAGGCGCGGCACAGGGGGGAGGUGCAGGCCGGGUACGAGCGCGGGAUAGGGAUGAUGAAUGCGCUGGUCAUUCUUGGCGCCAUCAGCCUGCUCGGGCUCGCCGUCACCUACUUUUUCACGCCGGAGACGAUGGGGAGGUCGCUGGAGGAGAACGAGAGCAGCGAGCAGGGCGAUCAAGACCUGCAGGAUGGCGACGGCGGGAUGACGAUGCGGUUGCAGGAACUGAACCUGACACCCAAGAGCCCAGCCUCCUUGGUGAGCUCGCACGUCAGCUCGUCCCCUAUCCAUCCGCACCGCUUCUCGGUCUGA